AUGGUUGUCCUGAAUCAUGUCAGUAUCGCAAGCCAUCCAAGCCCCUUCAUCUCCACAUUUCAGUCUAUCCUAGCCCCCAUCCACCGAGCACUGUGGGGAAAGGAAGGAGCUAUGGUCUCGAUCAUCGAUACAAGGAAGCUUACAGGCCCAGUGUACUUCGCCAAAUCCCUUGUACAGCAGAACAAGAUCCGAAUCCGGGGCUAUAAUGGCGUAGGAGAAUAUCUUAUAUGGGGAGAGAUCCAGACACCUGCGAUAAUUUGCUCUUUCAAGAUCACUACACUCAUCCAGAUUGCGCACAAGAAUGAAGAUAUCGGCAGAAUUCUGCAACUUGACAAAAUCGCCUCCUGUAAACGUGUUCGGGGAAAGCUACGAACAGUUCUUUCCAACGAGACCGACAGUAUGAAUUUGGAUCAUGCUUCUGGUGUCAGCUUGGGUAAAUUACUCCGCCUGAUCAAUGUGCCCCAGGCAUAUUAUCAGAUGGUCGGUGAGGGUAUCCUCAAGUCAUGGCAGCUACAGAAGCACGGAGACUGGCAGGAAUUUCUCCAAGGACUUGAAGUUGGGCCUACAGGAACAGCUCUGGCUAAGGAAAUUGGAAGAAAUCAUCUUGUUCAGCAUGGCACCGUUGUGCAUGAAGAAGAGGAAGAGAGAUUCGAAGAGAUAGAGGAAGACAAAGAUGAAGACGAAGACGAAGACGAAGACGAAGAGGAAAAGGAAGAGGAAGAUGAUGAUAGUGACGACUUUCAGUCUGUCAUUGGCACGCCUUGUCCAGUUCGACUAGCACAUACUGUCUCAUCUAUCCCACCACCGGACCCUCGGCCUGUCAAUCGAAUUGAGCUCUACAAUCCCGCUACCAGAAAUUGGUCUCUGGCCGAAGAAUCAUCCACUCCUACGGAGAUCGAGGCUUUCUCUCGAGAAUCCAGCGUGAUUUUCUUGGAUGACUUCGAAGAAGAAAUUGAAGAGCUCGGGGAUACGAUCAUGGGGAAGGAUAUUUCUGAUCUGUCUACACCCGAGCAUCCACCCAAGGAUCAAUUCGCCUCAGAUCGCGAGAGGAUUAAGCGUUUUCUAAAGUGA